AUGCCCCCCACUAGUGCGGAGACUGCUCGGGCUAGAAGGGUAGGGGCCAUCAAGGCUCUGACAGAAAGGCCUGCUCAUCCCCCCAAGAAGCUCUUAAAAACUUCAGCCGGCCCAGCUUCAGCCAUCCCGUUGCUCGACCAGGAAAAUGGUGCUCGCUGGAAGUGGGCUGCUCGCCUGGAGGAGACUGGGAAGAAGGCAGGGUCGUUCUCCAAGCUCUUGUUGCAGACCACGAAUGAGAGCGGGCUCUCAGCAGCUGAGAUUGCGCGGCUCAGACAGCUGGUGCUCUCAUCAGGAGCUCCGAGGACAAUGGCUGUUCAUGUUUCAAACUGGGAACGGUUUGCUGACUGGGCUGAAAGUAGGGAGAUUGAUCUGCAUCCUGUUGCUAGUGCUAAGCUCAUUCAGUAUGCUCUGCAUUUAGACAAAAAUGAGGGUGGCCCGUCGGUCAUUCCGACAUUUCGUACAUCGGUCAAGUGGGUCACGUCAAAGCUGGCCAUCGAUUGCCCAGAUGUUGAUCAUGCUGGCCUCCUUGCUAUUCAGAAUGAGGUGAUCAGCAAGCGGGCCAAAACGCUCAAAGAGGCCGUGCCAAUCCCCACAGAAGUGGUCAAAUGUCUUGAGCUCUUGGUCAUGGAUGUGGGUGAACCAGAAGCAGCUCGGCUUUUUGUUUGGUGGUGGUUGUGCAUGGUCUUUGCUUCGCUCCGGUAUGAUGAUGCGAUGCAUGUCAAGCCACAAGGGAGUUCAAGGUUCUGGCUGCAGCUCACGGCGCACUCCGCUAGGGACAACGUGGAGCUCGAUGCAGCUGAUCAGUCCUCCUUCGACCAAGUGCACUUCUAUGUGAAGACCGAUGGCGCCAGAUCAUCCUAUGAUCAUAGGCACCAUUGCGCAGCAGAGGAUGAUGACUCCCUGCUGGCUUGUGGUCGGGUGCAGAUCAGCGACUGUACGGAUGUGGGCUCCUUCUUGCCCCACGCCUCGGUCCUGUGCAAGCAUUGUGCACGAGCUCGCCCAGGGUUGGCCCUGGCAGACCCAUCGUAG